AUGGUUUCAAGAAAUUAUAGGCCAAAUAUGGAAAAGUCUAGUAUUGAUUUGAAUCGUGAAACAUUAUCGACAUCUGUCUCUGAAACCCAACCUAAACAUGGUGUUGAAGGGUUGGAAAAUGUAGUUCUACACAAUGAAGAUGAAUCGAUGCAUAAAUGUAAAGUCAAAUGGAGCAAGGAAGCUACUAUACUUCUGAUAAGUGGAUGGCUUAAUACAUCUAAGGAUGCCAUUGUGAGGAAUGACCAAACUUCUACAUAUUUCUGGGCUCGGAUGGCAGAAUACUACAACACCAACCAAAAAGGAGAGCAAGCAAGAACUGGAAGGCAAUGCAAAGAUCAUUGGAACAAGAUGAAUCAAAAGGUGGCGCGUUUCAAUGGGUGUUAUAAACGAGUACAACAAGUACAUCACAGUGGUUGGUCUGAUGAGCAAAUUCUUGAGAAUGCACAUCAAUUGUACAAAUCUAAAAAUAACAACUCAAAUUUUCUGCUUGUGGACUGUUGGAGAUUGCUAAAGGAUGAGCUGAAAUGGAAUACAAUGUACCAACCAAAAGGUGGUAAGAGAACAAAGGUGUCAGAAUCAGGGGCAUGUACUUCUUCUUCCAAUGCAGACAUCAGUGAUGAUGAAGUACGUGAAGUGCGCCCUACUGGCCAAAAGGCAGCAAAGAGAAAAGGGAAGGAAAAAAAAAAGACACACAUGCUAAAUUUAUUGAGAUUAGUGAACGGAAAGCAUCUGCAUUGGAGAAAUAAGUGGCGAUAA